AUGGCGGGAUGCCGCCGCGUGCCGGGGCUGGCGCUGCUCGCGCUGCUCGCCCUGGCGGGGCCCGGCGCCGCGUUGCAGAACGUCACGGCGCAGCUGUUCGGCGCCGAGGCCUACGGCACGCCGGCGGCCUUCGGAGACUUCAACUCGGACAAGCAGACGGACCUGUUCGUGCUGCGCGGAGGAAAUGAAUUGAUUAUCUUUUUGGCAGACCAAAAGGAACCUUACUUUAAGCCCCGUGUUAAGUUACCAAUGAAAUCUCUAGGCGUUAUCAUAACCAGUGUAGUUCCUGGAGAUUAUGAUGGUGACUCACAAAUGGAUGUCCUCCUGACUACCCGAACACAAAAUCAUGGCAAAGAUGAACUUUCAGUGUUCAUUUUCUGGGGACACAAUCAAACAUUAGAUCUUAACCAUAAAACUAUGAUAAAUAAGACUUUUCAUGAUGAGCCUCUAGUAAUGGACUUUAAUGGUGACUUGAUUCCUGAUGUCUUUGGUGUCACAAGUGAUUCAGAUAAGCCACAGAUACUGACAGGCGGGAACUUAUCACGGCAUGCUACAUUAGAUACUCAAAGUAGAAUGUAUGUACCACACUCCCAUGCUUUUAUAGACUUAAAUAAUGACUUCACAGCUGAUUUGUUCCUUACUACAUCAAAUCCUGACAUUCAGUUUGAGACAUGGAUAAAUAAGGAUGGGAACUUCUCUAAACCUGAAAAAAGUAAAGCAAAGCCUAGUGGUGCAGUGGUUGUUGGACAGUCUGUAUUUGCAGAUUUUGAUGGUGAUGGACAAAGUGAACAUUUGUUACCAGUAUGUGAAGAUGAAAACUGUCAAAAAAGUGCCAUUUACUUAACGAAGCUAGGAAUGGAUCAGUGGAUUCCAGUCUUGCAGGACUUCAGAAAUAAAGACACACUUUGGGGCUUUGUGAAAAAUCAAACUGACAAAACUACAUCAGAAGUUUCAUUUCCAAUGACCCUUCAUAUUGGAGAUUACAAUAUGGAUGGCUACCCAGAUGCCCUUGCUAUACUAAAGAACACAUCUGGAAGCAAUCAACAAGCAUUUUUACUAGAAAAUGUCCCAUGCAAUAAUGCGAGCUGCAAGAGUGCACGUCGUAUGUUUAAAGUUUUUUGGGAGCUCUCUGAUCUAAAUCAAAUCAAAGAUGCAGUCGUAGCAACCUUCUUUGAUAUCUACGAAGACGGAAUCUUGGAUAUCAUUGUAGUAAGCAAGGGCCACUCCAGUGAAGAUUUUGUUAUCCAUACAUUAAAAAACAACUUUGAAGCAGAUGCCUAUUUUGUUAAAGUUAUUGUUCUCAGUGGCCUCUGUUCUAAUGACUGUCCUCGGAAAAUAACACCUUUUGGUGUUAAUCAGCCUGGUCCUUACAUCAUGUACACAACUGUUGACGCAAAUGGAUACCUGAAAAAUGGGUCAGCUGGACAGCUCAGCCAGUCAGCACAUUUUGCUCUCCAGUUGCCAUACAACGUGCUGGGCUUAGGACGUAGUGCUAAUUUCCUCGAUCAUUUGUAUGUUGGCAUUCCUCGUCCUUUAGGAGAAAAGUCCGUAAGAAAACAAGAAUGGACAGCUAUCAUACCAAACUCCCAGCUUAUAGUCAUCCCAUAUCCUCAUAAUGUUCCUCGAAGCUGGAGUGCCAAGCUGUAUCUGACCCCAAGUAACAUAGUGCUGCUAACAGCUAUAGCCUUAAUUGGUGUCUGUGUUUUCAUCCUGGCAAUAAUUGGCAUACUACACUGGCAAGAAAAGAAAGCAGAUGACAGAGAGAAGCGACAGGAGGCUCAUCGGUUCCAUUUUGAUGCCAUGUGAUAUGCCUUAAUAUUUAUGGAGGAGCUGCUAUUCCUUUGCUUAAUUGAAAUACUGAAUUCUGAUUUGUAAAAUGAUUACCAUGGAAAAUACUGCUGGUGUGCUAUUUGUAAAUGUUGCAUUAUUUGGUAUUUAUUUGGAACAUAUUAAAAUUAGACCUGAAUGUCUCCUAUGGCCUUCCAGUUAAAAAAAAAAAAAAGAAAAAACACACUGUAUAUAAUAGCAUUUGGUCUUUAUUUAACAAAAGUGUACAUUUAUUUUUUCAUAGUAAAAGGGAUCAUUUUUGCAUGUACCAUUGUUUACAUACCACCAGUUCUUUAGUAAUGUAUCUGAUAGAAAGCUGUGUAAAUAAAGUUUAGCAUUUUAGUGAGCAGAAUACUUUGUACCACUGACAUUGGUAUUGUCAUUUACACAUUCCUGCAAAGUAAACUGCAUUUCUGAAAAUCAAUCUUGAGCAGUUUCUCAGAUGACAUAAUCAUUAAUUGAUUGCUUAACCUAAAGUAUUCUGUAUUUCUCAUUGUUUGAAUUCAUAUGUGCAAUUGCUAAAGAAUUUAGGACUUGGAGAACUAAAAGAAACCUUCAGCGUCAAUGCUAGUUCAGUAGCUUAUGGGAUAGAUGCAGUAUUUAUAUAUGUUAGUUCUAGAAAGAUGAUGACACAUUAAAAAGAAUUGAAGUCAUAAAAUGUAUCAGCGUGACACAAACUGCUUUUGUAAUUAAACCAUAACCAUGUUUAUUUUAGAAAGGCCUAAAGGCAUGAAAGUCUCUUCUGUGGGUUUUGCUCUUGUAGGAAAGGUGGGGGACUUUGUAUUUGGCCAGGUGCUUGGGUUUUUUUAAAGAAACGAAAAGAAGAAUUUUGGAGUGGUAGGAGAAUCAGGAUUGACUCCCUAAAAUUCAUUACUAACAGAUGAAAUGUACAAAGAUUAAACAAAUAGCAUAAUAGGACACUCAGAAUAAGCAAUGCCCAAUAUGCCCAAAUACCAUAAGGCUGUAAUAACAUCAGAAGUGGAGUGGCUCUAUAUAUUUAUCUGGAGAGUGGAGUAUCUCUAUAUAUUUAAAAUAGUGAUAAUGUUACAGUUGCUCAGUAUAAUUUGAAUUCUGAUAUAGUCUCUAAAAAUAAUCAUGCUUGUAUUUAAUAGUUGUUCCUAUAUUCUCAGCGAUAUGAGUUUACAUGAUUUAUUCCGCAUUUAAAGCUGUUGGCUAGCAUUCCUAAUAAAUACCAUUUGAUAAAUUAGAACACACUAUCAUCAAACUAAAAACUAUUGUUCUUACAGUCACCUCAGUAGAGUUAGUGGUCGAUGAGAACUCCUUAUCUCCUCCAGCCCAGCACCUGUCCUGUAACCUUACAUACAUUUGUCAAUACGGGAAGAGUAAAGGGAGAGCAGGUUCAAAGUUUGAACUGAUUCUGUCCUCCCUGAAUCACAGUUCAAACUAUUUGUUACCACAGCAGUGCUGAAGCGACCCAUUAUAACAGCAGCUCUAAGUCAAAAAUCAGAGAGGUACUGGAAGUCUACUGUUAUGUAAUUUUUACAAGAUACUUGUAAUUUGAACUGAUCGGGCUCCAACAAAGCAGACUUUCAAAUUACAUUUCCCUUAGUUUUUAGGAUAGCAUAUUUCCUUAAUGCACACCUUUAAUAUUUCUCUUAGAGUAAUGUGAAAAGGUAGAUUAUUUAGGUAAAUCCUUAAGGCUAUUGUAGUUUUUAAAUCCCACUGCUAGAAUUCCCUCCCAUCAGCAAAAGUAAUAACAGGUUUCACAAUUAAGAGGAAGCGCAAUCUAAUGUGUUCUCUGUCUUUUUCGGAUGGUUGGAGAAUAAGGCUAAAUGCAUAAUGCCACUGUGGCAGCAAAGUCAUCCAUAGCCUUCUAUCGCAAUAUAAUAAACAUAGAUUAGCCUCCUUAUGUUUUUUGGAAAAAUAAUUAGGAAUGAAAUAACCUCAUGCUGACAUUUAAGCUGUUACCCAGUUAACGAAGCAAUGAACUCAGUAUCUCGUGCUUUAAGGUGGUUUGCAUGCUCAGUAGUGCAUUGUUACAUCACUUCUUGUACAAUACUUUCUUGGAGCUUUAAUAGCUUUCUUAUAAUAAACUUUGACAGGUUCUAACUA